GCACAACUCCGCUUUUGCACAGCAUCAUCAUGAGCAAGCUUUUGCUUUUGAUUUUUGCCUUUGCAAGUUUGGAGGGGCCUGCAAGAGGCGGAAACCUGCUGGCCAAGCCUGCACGCGUCCCAUUCACGGACGAAGACAAAGACGCCGUCAUUCUCGUACACGCGAGUGUCCGCAUCCAGCGCCAGUGUCAGGACCUUUUCGUCCACAUUGCGGACGAUGGAAAACUGCUCGAGAGUAGAACACACAUCGGAGACAUUGCGACCUCUCACACCGACCAGUUCGGCCUGCAAUGGAUGCACGUUAGCGUCGACCUGCGUCGUUUACCUCUCGGAGCAACAACUGUCGGAGUUACUCUGUGCGGAGCUGCUGUCUUUACCAAGGUGGUGAAGGCACAGUUGAAAGAACGACUUACAUACACCGUAGACAACAUCCGUGGAAAACUCUUAGACCCAAACGGUUUCGCUUUCAUCUUGUUUGGCUCCUACAUCUAUGGAGUCACUACUGAGGUCGAGAGAGCUGUCCCAGAGGCAGAGAUUCCGUUUGGUAUAACGAGGAAAAGUGUUUUCCAAGUGUUAAUGAAACAAUGUUGUAACUUACACAGGGAUGAACUGGAUUGGUCCCUAUCUCAGUGAAGCAAAGGGGCACACCAAUGAAACUUGGACCACCAUUCUCGCAUUUCUGGACAGGUUUCUAUACAAUACAUUGUGUACAACAAAAACUAAACACUAGUCUAACUCUACAGGUGUGAGGAGAUGGGCGUUCAUGUGCACUAUGAUCUCCACCAGCUGGCCACCCUCCCAGACACACCCAGCAAAUGGCAGCUGAUGGAGACGGAGAUUAAAACAGUCAUGAACCACCCUGCAGUCGCCGCGUAUUAUUUGGCAGAUGAACCGGGUGGAAAUGGGAUUGAUCCCGCCCUGCUCGAAAAGGCAUACGAUUUUGUUAAGGGAGUGGAUCCAAACCGACCGAUCACUGAGGUGUUCUGCUGCGUCGAUCCAGCAAAGUACAUCAAUAGCUUUGACAUUGGUAUGGCAGAUCCUUACCCAAUCCCUACAUCUUCUCCAUUCAUUAUAACUGUGAAGGUCAAUCAGCUAAUUGCCACUGGAAAACCAUUCUUUAUAGUCGUCCAGUCAUUUGGAGGAGGAGAGAUAUGGGAGAGACAGCCAACCCCUGCAGAGGAACGUGCUAUGACAUAUAUAGCAAUGUUGACUGGGGCUAUUGGAAUCCAGUACUUUGUGAGGAGUCCGGGCCAGUUUCCGUAUGCUGAGACCUCAUGGUCAGAGUGUCGCCGGCUUUCGCUGGAGUUUCGCGAGCUGUCGUCGGCCAUCUUGAUCGGGGGCCCCAGGGUAAACGUGACCCCUUCAAUUAGCCAGAUAUUGGCCACUGGCUGGGGGGAGAGGGUGAACGGAACGUGGGUGGUGGCAGCAGUCAACGUGGAAAAUUCACCAGUCACUCUUCCUCUGCCUCCUCGUCGCUCCCUGCCUGCACGUCGUGCCUUAUUCCCGGCCGCUGUUGACGUAGUCGCGCGUCUCCCGCCUCUUGGGGCUACGGCCUGUGUGAAAACAGCAUACAGAUUCCCUCCAAUCAAAUCCACUCAGGUGAAUCCGGCGAACCUGUUAGCCAACCCGUCGUUUGAGCAGGUCACCAGUCCCAGUGGUCCCGACGGAGCCUACCUCAAUGUACCAGCUGACCACGGGAGCACCUACCUCACAGACACCAGGUUCUCGGUGGACGGACUGCACAGUCUGCAGCUCACGACACCGACCAAGGGCCAGGGAUUCACCGUGGAGCCAUUCAACAUACGACUGGACAAAGACACAGAGUAUGAGUUGACGUUCUGGGCCGUGUCCCGUCAGGCAAACCUGACCCUCCUCUUCAGUUUUUCUGACCUCACACCAGCCUGUGAGUCUCCAGUAACAGUACACUGUGUACAUAGCUCAUAAUUUACAGAUAAUCACUCAAUCUGCAACCACACAAACAAUACUUUACCGUUGAUUCAUAACUUGCACUUUUGCUUCUUUAAGCAAGCAGCAUGUUUGUAGCAUUUUCUCAGUGAAGGAUAACCACAUAGUAAUGUUUGCUGGUUCUCUUCAAAUGGAAGCUGCAACAUUUCAGACGAGCACUGAGUGGAGCAAGUACUCUGCCAGCCUCACAGCCACAGCUACCACUGACAGAGUUGAUGCUGUUAACUACCAGCUGGUGAGUGCUGGGACCGUGUGGAUUGAUCUACUACAACUGAUACCCUCACCCUAAUGACAUAGUAACGGUUUUGGCGAGCAAAGCAAACCUAACCUCUUGUUUCAAUGUUUUGUGUAUUAUGUUUGUAGACAACUCUGUCCAUACCGCAAUGUUGUAGUACGU